CCUCCAUUUAUACCGUAACACAAAUCGAAUUCCAAUUUUGACUCGUUAUGAUCGAAUUGGGUUAUAACGAGAGGUAUUUUGGAGGAGAAUUUGGAAUACUUCCUAGGGCAGUUCGUUAUUAUAAUUAAAAAGGUGAUUUUAUAGCCAGAAUGAAGUGAGUGAGAAUGAAGACGUUAGCAGGAUAUAAUGAUGUUUGGAAGUGAAAAAAAAUCCGAGAGUCGAGACCGAGAGCUCAAAAAACCCGAGAAAUUUACCGACUCGAGAGCCGAGACCGAGUCUCGAACAUCACUAGAAAGAUAGUCUUUAAAUUUAUAUGAAAAAUAUAUUCCUAGUUUUAUUUAACUGUGUUGGCAAAAUUGCGAGUGAUUUUGUUCAUGCUAUUACCCUUUGCCGAACACCAAAUAAAAUUAAAGCUGUAGCCUCUUCAAAUUCUCUUGAAAGAGCUCAAAAAUUUUGUGAAAAUAAUUUAUUAGACAAAAAUGAAGUUGAUUGUUAUGGAACUUAUAAUGAAUUAUUUAAUGAUGAAUUUAUUGAUGUUGUUUAUAUUUCCAAUUUAAACCAUCAACAUAAGGAGACUGUUCUAGCCGCAUUAAAUUCCAAUAAAAAUGUUUUGUGUGAAAAAACGUUAGCCGUAAAUAAAUUAGAAGUUGAAGAAAUGGUUAAAAAAGCAAAAGAAAAGAGUCUUUUUCUUAUGGAAGGUUAUUGGACUAGAUGUUUUCCUUUAUGGAGUGAUAUUAUGUCUAAUCAUUUAAAUAGUUUGGGCAAUACUGAAAUGUUAUCUGUCGAAUUCGAAUGUCCAAUUAAUCGUGUAGAUACAACUUCUGGAAUAAAAGACGGAGGAGAAGGUUAUUUGUUAGCUUCUGGUUGUUAUUGUUUAAUGAUUGCCCAAUUAGUAUUUAAAUCAGAAAAACCUUCAGAAAUUAUUGUUAAUGGAAAAUUAAGAGAAAAUGGAUUGGAUUGUUGGGCUAAUAUUUUAAUUAAAUAUUCCGAUAAUAAAUUGGCCAGAAUUUUUUAUUCUGGGGAGCAUCGAGGUGAUGGAGAGUUAAGCAUUUAUUGUGAGAAAGGAAAUAUUAGGAUCCCAGAAUUCUUUUGGUGUCCAGAAGAGGCAAUAAUUCGUCGUUAUCCAGACCCAAAAACAGUUCCACAUGUACUUUCAGUUAAACCAACAACCGAAAAUAUAAAUAAUUACUUGCCAGAAUUUAAUUUAUUUAAUUAUAAUUACCCCAAAACUGCUGGACUUUUUUAUCAGAUAGAUCAUGUCAGUAAUUGUUUGAGAGAAGGAAAGAAAGAAAGUGAUUUAAUGACUUUAAAUGAUUCGAUUUUGUUGGCUGAGACUUUGGAUGAAAUUAGAAAACAAUUGGGGGUUAGAUACCCUCAAGACGAUUUUUAG